UCCUCCAGAAACUGAUCAUGUUUUAUACGGAAUAUUUCUUCUGGGGAACUUACGCUUGAGUUGGCUUAUUUUAUUUUGUAAAUGUAAAUCAUGGAUGAACAUUUAAGCAAUCUUCUGAAGAGCUUGCUCAAUAAAAAGAAUCCCAAUGUAUCCUUGGCAGUGGCUAUGUCUCAGUUGAAGAGUUACAUGGGAUUCCAUAAUACAUCAGAGGAAGAAAUUCUUAAUCACAUCUCUGCUUUAUUUUCCAACCCUGUACAAGUGGAUACGUAUGAAGAUUAUGAAGAAUUUCAAAUACAGCGUUUCUUACGACGAUAUAUUCCCCCAUUCUUGAUUCUCAUUGGUCUCGUUGGUAAUGUGAUGUCAUUUUUCAUAUUACGUCACAAGUCCAUGGCGCGACAUUCAACCAAUGUUUUUCUAGCCGCUUUAUCAAUUGCUGAUCUCAUUGUGUUAUUCGUAGGUUUGUUUCGAUUAUGGAUUGGGGAAAUUCUUGAGAAUGACUUUCAAACUGAAUCAGAUUUCAUGUGUAAGUUUGUAAAUUUAUUAACCUACAGUUCUAGUCAAUUUUCCGCGUGGCUGGUUCUUGCAGUGACUGUGGAGAGAUACAUUGUUGUGUGUCAUGCUCUUCAAGCAACACGUUGGUGCAGUCGGGAACGUGCAAGAAAAACAGUGGUUGUGUUGGCAAUUAUUUUUAUUCUUAUCAAUUUGCAUUUGAUAUGGACCACUGGAAUUAGAACUGACAUGGGUCGAACAAAGCCAGAAUGUGAGGGUCUCAGGAAUUAUGAAUUUCUAGUCAGAAAAGUUUGGCCUUGGAUUGAUGCAGCCUUGUAUUCCACCAUUCCCGUUAUAUCUAUUUCGCUCUUCAACAUUCUCAUCAUAAGACAAGUCAUAAGUGCCACCCAUAGUCGCAGAUCCUUACAACACGCUCCGCUUAACAAAAUAGAACUAAAGAGACGCUCAAAGAACAAGAGCUCGAAACUGACAAUCAUGUUAUUAACAAUAUCGUUCGCCUUCUGUGUAACGACUUUACCCAUGAAUGUCGUUAUAAUAGCCAGCUAUCAAGUAAGUAACAAUCCUAAGGAGAUAGCAAAAUUUUGGCUGGUUCGCACAACAGCGGAACUGUUAAUGUAUCUUAAUCAUUCCAUGAACUUCUUUUUGUAUUGUGCCACUGGACAUAAAUUCCGUUCCAUAGUGCUUAGAAUCGUCUGCAGGAUCUCUAACUUUUCAGAUCAUAGCCAACAUAUCUACUGUUCUGGGGGAUAUAAUGGCUAUGCUUCUGGAGGCUGUAUACACAGGAAGGUUGAAUCUGCCGACUCUUCCAACAACGAUGAUUUAACCAAUCAGGUAACAGCGUUAUGAAAGAUUCGCAACCACGUGACAAAUUAAUAACCAUGUAACAAAUGAAUACUGUGAACAAAUAUUUAUGUUUAAUACAAGUCACUUUUAAGAAAUUUCUUAAUUGACGUAGUGAUUUUUUUUAUAUUGUGUUUGCAGAGGGGAAGGAUACGAAUUUUGUAUUUUUUGAUAAAAAGAGCAUUUAUCUGUUGGACACAUCUUAGAUUCUGCAACUUCAUUCUUUUUUCUAGAGCAAUUUGGAUAAAUAAUACUUAUGGAAAGUAAAGAAUCAAA